GUAUUUAAGUCUGAUACGAUCUGCAUCAAACCAGCUCAAACAUCCUCCAAACCACUCAUUAACAACCCGGUCUAUAUUCGCUUCUUCAAUCGUUAAGAUGCACGGUACUACUUUGAUGAUCGGCGCUUUCGCCGCCCUGCUCGACUCUGCCUCCGCUCACGGUUUCGUGACGGGCGUCAAGUCGGGAUCGUCCUGGACGCCCGGUGCUGACCCGGUCUGGUACUACCUGCCCUCCGACCAGCGAGCCAACACUGCCGGAUGGAACGCUCUCAACCAGGAUCUCGGCUUUGUCGAGCCUAACGCUUUGGGAACGAGCGAUGUCAACUGCCACAAGAGCGCCACUGCUGGUCGUCUCUACGCCGACGUUGCUGCUGGAUCUACUAUCCAGCUUCCCUGGAACACCUGGCCAAGUGACAGCCACAAGGGGCCAGUCAUCAACUACAUUCACCCUUGCAAUGGCGACUGCACUACCCUCACCCCCGGUGCUCUCAGAUGGACCAAGAUCUCCCAGGAGGGGCUUUCUGGAGGCCGCUGGCCAACUGACCCCAUGCCCAGCAACAACUUCACUUUGUCCGUGAACAUCCCCCGCAACUUGAAGGCUGGCAACUACGUCCUGCGUCACGAGAUCAUCGCCCUUCACGGCGCCAACAACGACAACGGCGCUCAGCUCUACAUGCAAUGCCUCAACUUGAAGGUCUCCGGCUCCGGCUCAGCCUCUCCCAGUGGCGGUGUUGCUGGCACCUCUUUGUACAGCAAGAACGACCCCGGAAUCAAGUUCAACUUGUACACCAACCCCACCAGCUACCCCAUCCCGGGACCUGCUGUCUGGACUGGAGCAAACUAGA